UAAAAAAAAUAAGUUAAGAUCAUAUCAGUUUAAAUCAGAUGAGAUUGGAGAAAUAAAAAGGUGAACUAAACGGGGCCACAAUCGCUAUUAUGCCAAAUGGAAAGCCGAUAGAAAACAACAUAAUCACCUCUUCUUAUACUCUUUUGUCUUAAUGCGGCAAUUGUCAUCAUCAAAAUGGCAAUCCCCUCAAUUAUUGAUUCACUAAACUAAUUGGUUUGCUCAGUCAUAGAAGUUCCACCCAUCCACAACCACAACCACAACCACAACCACAACCCCCAAAACUUCUUCCCCAAAACUUCUUCCCAAAAAUUUCUCGAAAUUCAUUUUGUUUACCAUUUAAGCAUUAAUUUCCAUCUCCUAGAAAGAAAAAUGAUGUCAUCCGUAAGCCUCAUAGUUAUGCUACUAAUAAUGAUCAUCAUUCCCACCGUUCUAUACAGUUUCUUCUUCAUCACCAACUGCCCACUAAACCUUUUUGGGUUCCUUUGUGGCCGACGUGGGUCCCCCGCCGACAUCGACAACUUUGAUCAAACGAACAAAGUGGUGGAGCAAGAAGAAGGUGAGAGCACAAGUGACAAGGAUAAGAACAACAUAGAGUUAGUUAUCGAUGUGAACUCGAAGCUAGGGAAAGAUGAAGAAUGUCCGAUUUGUUUAGCUGUUUUUAUACAAGGGGAUGAGCUUCGACAACUCAAUUCUUGCAAGCAUUUGUUUCAUAGGAGUUGUAUUGAUAAAUGGCUUUCUACUCAUUGUAAUUGCCCAGUUUGCCGAGCAUUUAUUGUUAAUAAUCAGUCUAAGCCUAUCAAGGAAAGAGAACAUAAUCGUGUUUUGGUAUCAAGAGAAGUUGAUAGGCAUGAUCAUUGGCAAGGAUUGCCUGAUUCAGCUGGCAUGAUUUGAUACUUUUUAUUUUUUUUAAGAUUUUGAUAAUUAAUUGGUGAAAUUAGAUAGACUUUUCUACCUAAAAAAUGUAAAUUAGGUAGAGUAAUUUGCCUUUUAUUUCGUUGCUUGUUUGAGUGUAUAAAAGAGCGUUUAUAAUUUAUUUAUUUCUUUAUUUUA